CUCUCUGUCUCCUCUCUGUUUUUUUUUUUUUCUAGCACCAGUCUCCAGACUUUCCGUCAUCGUCUUCCCCACCUCAAUCCCUCUCUCUCUCUCUUCAUUUAAUGGCUCUCAGAACUGACAGGCUCUUCGAAAGAAAUUCAACUCUGGAACCUUGAGCCCGCCCUUCUUGGCGACCUUCGCUCUGAGCUCUCCGGUUUUUGCCCAUUUCCCUCGUGCCCAGCAAUCUAAAACAGGAAAAAAAAAGAACCUUUUUCUGGGUUCCGUUUGAAUUUUGCUUCUGUCCACAAAGCCAAGAUCACAAAGAAGCACAAAAACCACUUGCUUCUAUCUCUCUCUCUCUCGCUCUCUCUCUCUUCCUCUGUUCUAAGCUCCUUCAACAUCUUUGAUAAUGUUCCUUGACAAUGUUCGAAGAAUUCUUGGGACUGUCUUUGGAGCUUGAGCAAACUCUUCUUGGACUUGGGGUUUCUUCUUGCUUGCCAAGGGGCUAUUUUUGCUGGUGAUUAACUUGUAUUGGGGUUGGUGGGGUCUUCGUUCUGUUGAAGUAGUAGCUGCUGCUGCUUUUUGUUGGGUCUCCUGUGAGUAUUGCGGUCACCUUUUUCUCAUAUUACACAACAGUGCAUAGAGGAAAGUUGCUUUCUUGGGGGAAAGAAAGUGCGAGUAUUUUGUCCGAAAUCCCCAAAGCAUCAUGUUGGUAUCUUCUUAGCUUGCCGUUCAUGCUCUGAGAUUGCAAAAAUUAUUGCGCUUUGUUUUGUUUGGUGGUGAGUUGGUCGUUAAUCGUCAAUUGCUCUGUUCUGCGGGGCUCUGUUGCUUCUGCCCUGCCACCUUUGAAAGUAUGCAACAUUACUGCUUCAGUCAUCUGUUUCUCUGAUUGUUGCUUUCACUGAUCUUUUAGCUAUCCUCAUGAACCAUAAUCCUACUGCUUCCCUUCCUUGAAGAAACUGCUCAAAAUCCUUUCUUGGAGACCUACAUAUCAUAUCUGACCUCUACGCACUGAGCUAAGAAUGGUGUUCAGGGUGUUUCUCCUACUUCUCUUCGCUCCGAUUUUCGUGCAAUCUUUAGACGCAGAAUUCAAUGAUGACGUUUUGGGGUUGAUUGUGUUCAAAGCCGGGCUUCACGAUCCUGAAGAUAAGCUUUCUUCAUGGAAUGAAGAUGCUGAAUAUCCUUGUGACUGGGUCGGGAUCAAAUGCGAUACAAGGUCUAACCGAGUUACCGAGGUUGCUCUUAAUGGGUUUUCUCUCUCCGGACACAUAGGCCGUGGCCUUUUAAGAUUGCAAUUCCUCCAAGUUCUAUCACUUUCAAACAACAACUUCAGCGGACCUAUCAACCCGAGUCUCACGCACAGUGGGACCUUGCAAGUCCUAGACUUGAGCGAGAACAACUUCACAGGAUCAAUCCCAGAUGAAAUGUUUCAGCAAUGUGGCUCGCUAAGAGUAGUUUCAUUUGCUGAAAAUAGUCUCACGGGGCGGAUCCCUGAUUCUUUAAGCUAUUGCUCGACAUUGGUAGCUGUUAACUUCUCCUCGAAUCAGCUAUCUGGGAAGUUACCUCUAGGAAUGUGGCUUUCAAGGGGGCUUCAAUCACUUGAUCUUUCUGAAAAUUUACUGGAGGCAGAGAUCCCUGAAGGAAUACAGAACUUAUAUGAUGUUAGGGUUGUGAACCUACGGAGAAACCGGUUCACCGGGCAUAUUCCCGGGGAUAUUGGAGGGAAUUUGCUUUUACGCUUUCUUGACCUGAGCGAGAAUUUGUUCUCUGGGAGCCUUCCAGAAUCAAUGCAACGACUGGGUCUAUGCAGUUCUCUUGAUGUACAUGGAAAUUUACUUACAGGGGAGAUUCCAGAUUGGAUUGGGGAAUUGAGAAGCCUCGAGAAUUUAGAUCUCUCGGGAAACAAACUUUCUGGUCCAAUCCCACCGUCAAUUGGAGAUAUCCUGUCACUUAAGCAACUUAAUCUGUCAAUGAACCUUCUCACCGGAGGCUUACCGGACUCGAUUUCAAAUUGCAAGAACCUUUCGGUUCUAGAUGUUAGCCGGAAUUUGUUAACGGGUGGUUUUCCUUUUAAGCGGGACACUGGAGGUGUCUCAAUUUUGGGAAGUGGCAUAGAUAAAAGCGCGGAAUAUACUUCACUUCCUGCUUCAAGGUUGUAUAGUAAUCUGCGGGUCAUGGACAUAUCUUCAAAUGCUCUCUCUGGUGAAAUUCCGGCCAACCUUGGCAUCCUUAGUAGUGUGGAGUCACUGAAUGUGUCGAGGAACUUGUUCUUUGGUUCCAUCCCAGCCAGCAUAGGUGUAUUAAAGCACACUCAGUUUCUUGAUUUGAGCAACAAUCAGCUAAAUGGAAGCCUUCCUCCUGAAAUUGGAGAAGCAAAUUUGCUCAAGGACUUAAAGCUGGACAAAAACUUCCUAAGUGGAAACAUUCCAACUCAAAUUGGGACAUGCUCGAAUUUGACAUCGCUGAUCCUGUCACAGAAUAGCCUGACCGGCCCGGUCCCUCCUGCCAUGGCGAACCUCACUAAUCUUGAGUAUGUGGACCUUUCCUUAAACAAUCUCUCCGGAAGUUUACCCAAGGAGCUGGCAAAUCUUUCACACCUGGUCUAUUUCAAUAUCUCGCACAACAGUCUGGAAGGCGAGCUCCCCGUUGGCGGAUUCUUCAACACCAUUCCUCUCGCAUCCGUCUCCGACAACCCGUCUCUUUGCGGCUCUGUUGUCAAUGAUUCCUGCCCCUCGGUCCAUCCAAAACCCAUUGUCCUAAACCCUAAUUCUUCCAACCCUGCAGGUGCUGCAUCCUCUUCAAAUAACCAUCACAAGCGUAUUAUACUCAGCGUAUCUUCCCUUAUUGCCAUCGGGGCCGCAGCUUUUAUUGCCAUUGGAGUGAUCACCAUAACUCUUUUGAAUAUCCAUGUCCGGUCUUCCGUGGCUCAUUCUGCUCCGGCACUCACACUGUCUGGAGGUGAAGAUUUCAGCUGUUCGCCAACUGCUGACCCAAAUUAUGGGAAACUAGUCAUGUUUUCUGAAGAUGCUAGUUUUGUCACGGGAGCCCAUGCAUUGCUCAACAAAGACUCCGAGCUGGGCCGUGGUGGUUUUGGAGUUGUUUAUCGAACGGUCCUCCGUGACGGCCGAUCUGUGGCAAUCAAGAAGCUAACAGCCUCGGGUUUGAUGAAGUCCCAAGAUGACUUCGAGAGGGAGGUCAAGACACUUGCAAAGAUCUGGCACACUAAUCUCGUAAAGCUAGAAGGAUACUAUUGGACACCAUCAUUGCAGCUUCUAAUUUAUGAAUUUGUUCCCAGCGGGAGCUUGUAUAAGCAUCUUCAUGAUGCGGAUGAGCGAAACAGCCUAUCUUGGAGGCAGAGAUUUAACAUAAUACUCGGAAUGGCUAAAGGAUUAUCGUACUUGCAUCAAAUGGGCAUGGUUCAUUACAAUCUGAAGUCGACAAAUGUUCUAUUGGAUGGCUCAGGAGAUGCAAAGGUAGGCGAUUUUGGCCUGGCGAGAUUGUUGCCGAUGCUAGACCGUUGUAUCUUAAGCAGCAAAAUCCAGAGUGCGCUCGGCUACAUGGCUCCGGAAUUCGCAUGCCGAACGGUAAAAAUAACGGAGAAAUGUGAUGUCUAUGGGUUCGGAAUUUUGGUUCUGGAGGUAAUAACGGGGAGGAGGCCAGUGGAGUACAUGGAGGAUGAUGUGGUGGUGCUCUGUGACAUGGUGAGGGGCGCGUUAGAGGAAUGCAAGGCGGAGAAAUGCAUUGACGGCAGGCUGGGAGGUAGUUUUCCACCUGAGGAGGCAAUCCCGGUCAUAAAGCUCGGUCUGAUAUGCGCAUCUCAGGUGCCGUCGAACCGGCCGGAUAUGAGUGAAGUCGUCAACAUUUUGGAGUUGAUCCAGUGCCCCUCAGAAGGUCAAGAGGAAAUACAAUGACCUCAUAGUUUUGUUUAAAUUAAAGAGCGAUACAGUUCUGUAGAGUUUGCCAUUGCAGAGGAAUCCAGUUUGCUUGAUCUGAAAAGAUGUUGAUACUGUACUUCGCUAUACUCCAUGCAUCUCCCUCUCAUCACAGCUCUAUUUGUGGAUUCCUUCACUGGUGUGAUAUUACAAGAGUCCAAAUGUUGUGUAUCCUCCAUAUAUACUUUGCUUUCGACUUA